AAGUUGUCCCAUAAUUUUUUUUUUUUUUUUUUGACAUAUUGUCCCAUAAUUUCUCAUUAGUAUAAAAUUCAGUUAUCGAAAAAAAAUUGUAUUCAUUUUUUUAAAAAAAUUUGUAUUAAAUAAUUACCAUUAUUGAAAUGAUGAUUAAGCGGUAGUUAAUCAUCAUUUUUUUUUAUAAGAUGUAGUUAAUCACCAUUGUUACUAUAUUGAUUUGAUAUUGAACAAAUGCGACCCAGAAAAAUACAACAAUUUCAUUUUUCUCUUUUGCAAGCUCAUCUCUCGUCCCGCGGAACCUGCAAUAACACUACUUAUUCAUUUUUCUCUCAUUCAUCCAUUAAUAUCCAAAAGAACUGUUAUUUUUCAAUGCCCAGAUUUCAAUUCCAGUGAUUGUGGAACUUGGAAGGGUAGUUUGGAACCACAACGGGUUUGGUAGUUUAGUACUGCUGUUGAUAAGAGUCCCUGAAAUGUAUAGGCCUGUGGCUGCUUCGUCAGCCACGCCUCGAGGUGGAUUGCCUAAUGACAGUGAGGAGGAUUCUGUUGUUACAUUGGAUCAAGUUCCGAGGUGGAUUGAUGCUGAACAUUCAUUAGAGAAUGACAAUAUAGAUCCUUUGGCGUUCCAAUCAGGAACUGGUGGUGGUCCUGGUGGUUCGGUGUCUAGGUUUCCUGUUGACCAUGAAAUAAAUUCGCGGAUAUAUUUGUGGAGAGGGGAUCCUUGGAACCUUGAGGUGGAUGCUGUGGUGAAUUCAACGAAUGAGGUCUUGGAUGAAGCACACAGCAGCCCUGGGUUGCAUGCUGCAGCUGGACCUGGUCUUGCAGAAGAAUGUGCAACUUUGGGUGGAUGUCGAACAGGGAUGGCUAAAGUUUCCCAUGCCUACGAUCUUCCUGCAAGGAAAGUUAUCCAUACAGUUGGUCCAAAGUAUGCUAUGAAGUACCACACUGCGGCAGAGAAUGCUUUAAGUCAUUGCUAUCGUUCUUGCCUUGAGCUUCUAAUUGAAAAUGGGCUUCGAAGCAUUGCUCUGGGAUGUAUUUAUACAGAAGCAAAGAACUAUCCCCGUGAACCAGCUGCGCAUGUAGCUAUAAGAACUGUGCGGCGGUUUCUUGAGAAGCAAAAAGACAAUGUAACAGCCGUUGUCUUUUGCAUUACCAGCAUAAUUGAUACCGAGAUAUAUAAAAGGUUACUUCCACUUUACUUUCCUCGGGAUAAACACGAGGAGGAGGUGGCUAUGUCAAAGCUUCCUGCAGAUGUUGGGGAUGAGAAUGGUGAGACCACAAUUGAUGAGCGUAAAAUCAGAAUAAAGCCUUUGCCUAAAACUAAGGUUUCAAAACCUCCUAGAGAACCAGUUGAUCUUCCUGUUAGCGAUGUUGGCGUGGUUCGCAGGACUUCAUCAUAUAAUUCAUUUUUGGAUCCUGCCUUCAUGUCUUUGAUUAAAGACCCUGAUGAAAGACGUCUGGAGCAGUGGGAGAAAACUGUUCAAGCACAACGAGGGUGGAAUUUUGCUAAUUUUCUUGGAUUCGGUGACCUAGGUGGACCUCCAUUGUCUGCCGCUGAAGAAUAUUCUAUGCACUCCAGAUAUCUUUCUAAAGCAAAAUCCUUAAAUUUAUCUGAAAUUGCAGAAAUGAAGAUUGUCUAUCGUGGAGGGGUGGACUGUGAGGGUCGUCCGGUCAUGGUUGUUGUUGGGGCUCACUUUUUGCUCAGAUGUCUUGAUUUGGAGCGAUUUGUGCUUUAUGUGUUGAAGGAGUUCGAGCCAAUAAUACAGAAGCCUUAUACUAUUGUAUACUUUCAUUCUGCUGCAUCUUUGCAAGUGCAACCAGACUUAGGUUGGAUGAAAAGGUUAGAACAAAUACUUGGACGGAAGCACAAGCAAAAUCUACAUGCAAUAUAUGUCCUUCACCCAACUAUAGGACUAAAAGUUGCAGUAUUAGCUCUACAGUUGCUUGUGGACAAUGUGGUUUGGAAGAAAGUGGUAUACGCUGAUAGACUUCUGCAGCUCUUCAGAUACGUACCGCGUGAGCAGUUGACCAUCCCAGAUUUUGUUUUUCAGCAUGACUUAGAAGUGAAUGGAGGAAAGGGUCUUAUUGUGGAUCCCAGAACAAAAUAUGUUUAUCAUAGGCCAUGAUUGUGUCUUCUAUAAUCAGUUGAUAAAGAGCAUCACUUGUUGUAGAUUCUUCAUUACUUGCCUUGCCAAUUACGCUCACAAUCUCAUUUGUUAUAGGUGGAAAUGUGUAUGUUUAUGUAAGAAUUCAGUUUUCUAAUUUUUUUUAAUUGUUAUGUUUCUCUGUAAGUAAUAUAAUAUUAAUUUUUCUCUGUAAUCUCUCCUAAGUGAGUUUUGAAUAAAAUCCAAUGCAUUUUGAUCUCUGUUGAA